AUGCCUGUGCUACACGCUGAUCGCCUAGGACGGAUCGAGAGGGCGCUUGAUAAGAUGGGAGGACAUGGAUAUACCCGAAUGAUGCCAGGUGGGCGUGAGCAUGGGAGCCUAUCGGCGGCCCGGAUACACGCAGAUCGGUGCAUCUGUCAGAAACCGGUGUCCUAUACUGUCAAAGAGGAUUGUCAUGGAUGGGAUGAGAGGACGCUUGGUAUUGAUGAAGGCGGUCGUUGGUGCAGAGGAGAGAAAUCAUUACUUUCGAGAAGACUUAGGAACGAAAGGAUCUACCUUCUCUUGGCUCCGUCUCCCUUUAAAUCCAUCAAGCUGGAUACGUCAGGGGGCGGCGUGAUCAGGGGACCGGCGGGAAACAACGACUGCCGCAUUUAUGUGGGCAAUCUCCCGCCUGAUAUCCGUACCAAGGACAUCGAGGACGUUUUCUACAAGUAUGGAGCUAUCCGCGAUAUAGAUCUAAAGAACCGCAGAGGGGGGCCACCAUUCGCCUUUGUGGAAUUCGAGGACCCAAGGGAUGCAGAAGAUGCUGUCUAUGGUAGAGAUGGCUAUGAUUAUGAUGGCUAUCGCUUGCGUGUUGAGUUUCCAAGAAGUGGCAGAGGCGCUGGAGGCAGAGGCGGUGGUGGUGGUGGCGGAGGAGGUGGUGGUGGUGGUGGUGGCGGCGGAGGAGGUGGUGGUGGUGGAGGCGGUGGGGGAGCUCCACGAGGGAGAUACGGACCACCAUCAAGACGUUCAGAAUACAGAGUGGUUGUGUCAGGGUUGCCUCCAAGUGGCAGCUGGCAGGAUUUAAAGGAUCACAUGCGUGAAGCAGGUGAUGUAUGUUAUGCCGAUGUGUUCCGAGAUGGUACUGGAGUUGUGGAGUUUGUGAGGAAGGAAGAUAUGACUUAUGCAGUACGGAAGCUGGAUAACACUAAAUUUAGGUCUCAUGAGGGAGAGACUGCCUACAUUCGUGUAAAGGUAGAUGGUCCAAGAAGCCCCAGCUAUGGAAGAUCGCGGUCACGCAGCCGCAGUCGUAGCAGGAGCCGUAGUAGAAGCAACAGCCGCAGCCGAAGUUACUCUCCAAGACGAAGCCGUGGUUCUCCACGUUACUCUCCCCGUCACAGCAGAUCUCGCUCUCGUACAUAAAUGAAACACGUGAUGCUUUUUUGUAGACCCCCAUGUUGUAUACAGUUUUUUCUUUACUUUCAUUUUUUUUAAGUCACUGUUUUAUUCAAUUUUGUGAGUUUUGACUCCUUUGUGUAGUAUUGCCAUCAGACCGGCUCCUUAAUGCCCUAAUGCCUGACACUGUAUUUUAACAGCUCUAGAUUCUUCCAGUUUAGCCACUCUUCAGAGGCACCAGCUGGUGUUUAUUAUGGUUAUGGCACUGUGGGUUUUGGCGGCUGAUUACCAUACAUUAUAUAUAAUUUUUUUUUUUUCUGGGGGAAUUCUUGUUUUACCAUGCCUUUUCAUGUGUCUUUCUGUAGACAUAGCUGAAGAGAUGGAUUAAAGGAUUGUGGAGGACAUUUCAAUCAUUUUAGGAGUGUCAAAUGGAGGCUUGAGGAGGAUCAGAUCAAAUUGGGAGGCCAUGGUAUGACUCCAAGUGCUACUGUUAGACAAAAUUGGCAGUAUUGACCUUAUGCUGAAAAUUCUUGUUUUAAGAGAACAAAUAAUCAUUAGUGAUGCUGUGAACCUGUUUUAUAAAUUUAGUACUGUGCUUAUAGAACAUAGUCUUUUUCUAUUCCUGUCUGUAGGGGUAUUGCCACAAUACAUGUGAAUGUCUUGUGGGCCUCAUUCUACUAGGUAGAGUAUAAUAUCAAUACUGCUAAACAUGCAUGUCCUCUGUAGUUCUAAACAUUUGCUCUUGUUUUAAUUCUCACAUUAAAAUUCAAAUGAACUCA